AUGGCGUGGGUCUCAGCGUGGACGAGUGGCACAGGUGUGGCGUUCAAGUCGAAUCCCAAGGAUGUAAAAGAUGCUAGGUGCAAAACUAGUGCAGGGAAAAUAUUCCAAGAAAAACAUCACAAAAUCUUCUCCCUUGAGUUUCCUGUUAAGCUUUCCUGCUGGUGUGUAGUGAUCACAGUCAUCACUGUACUUGUAGUUGUAAUUUGUGUUGCCUUAUCAGCGAGAAAGGAAAACCCAGCCAUUGAGAGCCCUGGACCUUGCUAUGACAACUGUCCUAGAGACUGGAUUGGAUUUGAAAGUAAAUGUUUUUAUUUUUCUGAAGACAUGAGAAACUGGACAUUCAGCCAGACCUUCUGCAUGGAACUAGAGGCCCAUCUGGCUCAAAUAGACACCCUGGAGGAUCUGAAUUUCCUGAAGAGAUACAAAGGGGUUUCUGACCACUGGAUCGGCCUGCACAGAGAGUCAUCACAGCAUCCUUGGAGGUGGACAGACAACACUGAGUACAACAACUUGGUUCCCACCCAAGGAGAAGGAGAAUGUGCCUACCUGAGUGACAGUGUGAUCAGCAGUGGCAGGAACUACAUACAGAGGAGGUGGAUUUGCACCAAGCCCAGCUGCUUUAAUUGGUUCACCAUGAUGGCGGUGGACGUAGUGGCACCCAUUUUCCAAUACACCCGCAACUUACCUUCCUCAGACUCUGGCCAGCUUCCCCGGGUGACCUGUCAGUAG